AUGCAUUCAGUUAAAGAGGAACAGAGUUUUAAUAAAAAUGGAUUAGAUAAAAAUUGCAAGGAUAAUCAAAGAAAACAGUUUGAUGAGGAUGAUGUUUGGACUAUUAUUACAUCAUUCUUUGAACAGAAAGGAUUGGUUAGACAACAGUUAGACUCUUUUGAUGAAUUUAUUAAGACAAAGAUGCAAGAAAUUGUAGAAGAGAUGUUUCAAAUUAUAGUUGAGAGUACACCAACGCCUGGUAUGACUGAAACUAGAAAGAUGAUAUUAGAAUUUGGUCAAAUUUACGUAAGUACACCUCCAAUUUAUUCUGAGAAAGAUGGUACAUCAAAUGCAAUUCUCCCUAAUGAAGCAAGAAUUAGAGAUUUAACAUAUGGUUGUAAUCUUUUUGUUGAUAUUAAGAAAACUUAUAUUAAUGAAUAUGGAGAGAAGAUUGUGUCUACAUUUAUUAAACAGCCUUUAGGUCAGGUACCAGUUAUGGUUAAGAGUGCAUGUUGUUUGCAGUUUGAUAUGCAUGAUAAAGAUAUUAUAUUGUUAGGAGAAUGUCCAUAUGAUGAAGGAGGAUAUUUUAUAAUCCAAGGAGGAGAAAAGGUUAUUAUUGCACAAGAGCGUAUGGCAACAAAUACAAUUAGUGUUUUUGAAAAAACACAACCGGCAAGUUAUAGUCACUAUAGUGAGAUUAGAUCUGUACCUGAAAAGGGAUCAAAAACACCAAGUGCUUUUACUCUCAAAGUGUUAACAAAUACAGAAGUUAUUAGAGCAUCACUUGCGGGAGUUAAAGUAGACAUUCCAGUUAUAAUUAUAUUCAAAGCAUUAGGGUUUUUAUCAGAUAAGGAAAUAAUAUCGCAUAUUGUGUUUGAUGAGAACGAUGAUGAAAUGCACUUGUUUUUAGUCUCAAGUUUUGAAGAAGCUGCACCAAUACAAGAUCAACAAAGUGCUUUAGAUUUUAUAGGAAAAAGAAGUGCACAAGUGGGUCUAUCUAGGGAUAAGAGAAUCGAACAUGCUAAAAUUUUACUUGCUAAAGAAUUUUUACCACACAUUGGUAGUCGUGAGUUUUUAGAAACUAGAAAGGCAUAUUUCUUAGGGUAUAUGAUUAAUAAGAUGGUAUCAGUUUUAUUGAAAAGGAGAUCAGUAGAUGAUAGAGAUCAUUAUGGUAAGAAAAGAAUGGAUUUAUCUGGAGCAAUGUUAGCAGGAUUAUUUAAAGUACUUUUUAAGAAAAUGUGUGCAGAAACUGCUAAACAUAUGCAGAAGUGUGUAGAAACAAAUAGAGAUUUUAAUUUAGCAAUUGGAUUGAAGUGUUCAAUAAUAACAACAGGGUUUAAAUUUGCAUUAGCAACAGGUAAUUGGGGAGAUCAAAUGAAAGGAUCAAAUUCAAAAGCAGGAGUAGCACAAGUAUUGAACAGAUAUAAUUUUAUAUCAACAUUAAGUCAUUUAAGACGUGUAAAUACACCAUUAAACAAAGGUGAUAAAUUAGCACCACCUCGUCAAUUACACAAUACUUAUUGGGGUAUGAUAUGUCCUACUGAGACACCAGAAGGACAAGCCUGUGGAUUAGUAAAGAAUUUAUCAUUAAUGGCUUACAUUUCAGUGGGAAAACCAGCAGGACCGAUUAUAGAAAUAUUAGAAGAAUUUGGUGUAGAAAGAUUAGAAGAAAUAUCAUCACCAACAAAUACAAAAGUAUUUGUUAAUGGUAUUUGGAUUGGUAUUACAAAUGUUCCUAUUGAAUUGUUAACAUACUUAAGAAAUUUAAGAAGACAUGGUCAGUUGUAUUUUGAAACAUCAAUAGUAUUUGAUAUUCAAGAAGAUGAAUUAAGAAUUGUAUCAGAUUCUGGUAGACCAUGUAGGCCGUUGUUUAUAGUUGAAAAUAAUGAGUUGUUAGUAACAGAAAAAGAUUUAGAUAGUUUAAGACAAAUUCAAAUGAAAUGGGAUGAUUUAAUAAUUUCAGGUAAAAUAGAAUACUUAGAUGUAGAGGAAGAAGAAACUGUUUUAAUAGCAAUGAGUAUAGAAGAAUUAUAUAAACAAAAGAAUGAUCCUAAUAGUUUAAUUAGAUAUACACAUUGUGAAAUACAUCCUUCAAUGAUCCUAGGGAUAGCAGCAUCAACAAUUCCAUUUCCUGGUCAUAAUCCUUCACCUAGAAAUACUUAUCAGUCUGCGAUGGGUAAACAAGCAGUUGGAAUUUCUUCUACUAAUUAUGUUAAAAGAUUUGAUUCAUUAACUAAUAUUCUAAUUUAUCCACAGAAACCUUUAGUAACUACACGUUCUAUGGAAUACUUAAAAUAUAAAGAAUUACCUAGUGGACAGAAUUGUAUUGUUGCUAUUGCUUGUUAUACUGGUUAUAAUCAGGAAGAUUCAAUUAUUAUGAAUAGGGCUGCUAUUGAUAGAGGGUUAUUUAGAUCAUUUAUUUAUAGAACAUAUUCUGAUCAAGAAAAAAUGGCUAGACCAGGUAUGAUAGAAAAAAUAGGUAGAGUUGAUAAACAAGCUGUUUAUAAUAUUAAAAAUUGUAAUUAUGAUAAACUUGAAAAUGAUGGGGUUAUUUGUCCAGGUACUUAUGUUACAGGUGAUGACAUAUUGAUAGGUAAGGUUACACCAACAUUAGAUAUUGAAAAAAGUACAAAGGAAAGUCAAUUUUACAUGUUUAUUGAUGAUUCAACAUCUAUGAGGAGAAAUGAAAAAGGAAUUGUUGAUAAAGUGGUUGUAACUACUAAGGAUGGUUAUAGAUUCUUUAAGGUUAAAAUAAGAAGUUUAAGAAUACCUGAAAGGGGUGAUAAAUUUGCUUCUAGACAUGCUCAGAAAGGAACAAUAGGAAUUAUUUUAGAUCAAGAGGAUAUGCCAUUUACUGGUGAGGGUAUCAUUCCUGACAUAAUUAUUAAUCCUCAUGCUAUCCCAUCUCGUAUGACUAUUGGUCACUUAUUAGAAUGCUUGUUAGGAAAAGUUAGUGCUUUAUCAGGUGAAGAGGGAGAUGCUACACCUUUUACUAAAGUAUCGGUAGAAGAAAUAUCAAGUAAGUUAAGAGAAUUCAAUUAUCAAGACUGUGGAUAUGAAGUAAUGCACAAUGGUAUGACUGGUUAUAAACUAAAAGCUAGUAUCUUUAUUGGACCUACUUAUUAUCAAAGAUUAAAACAUAUGGUAGAUGAUAAAAUGCAUGGUAGAGCAAGAGGACCAUUACAAGUACUAACAAGACAACCUGUUGAAGGAAGGUCAAGAGAUGGAGGAUUAAGAUUUGGAGAAAUGGAAAGAGAUUGUAUGAUCUCUCAUGGUACUGCUGCAUUUCUUAAAGAGAGACUUUUAGAUGUCUCUGAUACAUACACUGCUUAUGUUUGUAACAGUUGUGGAUUGUUUGCUAUUGCUGGUGAAGAUUUUUAUGAAUGUAAAAAUUGUUCUAAUCAUACAAACAUUUCUAAGGUUGAAAUUCCUUAUGCAUUUAAAAUUCUCAUUCAAGAAUUAAUGGCAAUGAACAUUGCUCCUCGUAUUAAAACUGAAGAAUAA